GUUUCAUCAUUCUCAUCAAUAAGCUAUGGCUACUCUCCAAAUCUCUUCUUCUCUUUUCAGAUCUUUCUUUUUGACGCUUUGUCUCUUUGUAAUCCCAUCUCUCUCAUCUGAUUCUGAUCCUUUACAAGACUUCUGCGUCGGCGAUCUCAAAGCUUCUCCUUCCAUCAAUGGCUUUCCAUGCAAAUCAGCCGUUUCUGCUUCUGACUUCUUCUACUCCGGUUUAGGUGGUCCCUUAGACACGUCGAACCCUAACGGUGUUACCGUUGCUCCCGCCAACGUCCUAACCUUUCCAGGUCUAAACACGUUAGGAAUCUCGAUGAACAACGUUGAAUUAGCUCCAGGCGGUGUAAAUCCGCCUCACUUGCACCCGCGUGCAACCGAAGUAGGAACUAUAAUCGAAGGCUCGGUUUUUGUCGGAUUCUUGACUACCAACAACACUUUGUUCUCAAAGGUUUUGAAUGCCGGAGAGGUGUUUGUUAUACCUAGAGGAUUGGUUCAUUUCCAAUGGAACGUUGGCCAAGUGAAAGCGCGUAUGAUAACAGCUUUUAACAGCCAGCUUCCAGGAGCAGUUGUUUUGCCUAGUACUCUGUUUGGCUCCAACCCUGAGAUUCCAAACGCAGUCCUGACCAGAGCGUUUAGGACUGAUGUUACAACUGUGCACAAUCUCAAGUCCAAGUUUGCUGUUUAAAUCUUUUUAAUUUAUGUUUCUGAAAUUCUUUCCCAUAGUCGUAUACACUUGUCUGUAAUAAUUGGUAUGAAAAUUC